GUUGCAAACAGAAUCACGGAACACUGUCAUCUUGUCUGCUUUGUAUAUGUUUAUUGUUUAUCUGAGUCAUUUUGAACUUAGAGGUUAAAACUUUCGAGAAGGUUUAUCUGAUAACAUUCUGAUUAGUUCAGUGUUAAAAUGGGGUUUUUAAGAACACCAAAUGAAAAAUAUAUUGCACCAGAAGAGCACCAAAUUCAUAUUGAAGUAUUAGAACCAUCAUCCAGCAGUGAUGAAGAGGAGGAUGAAGAUGUCUUGCCACAGCCAGCGCAUGUACCACGGGCACGGUACCAUCGGCGCAGGCUGGGUCAGGCAUUCCACCAAGCAAUGCUACAGGCAUAUCAAGAUGGAGUUAAUGGACCAUCAAAUGUUAGAAGGAUCUCAGGAAUAUACAUGUGCAGGAACUAUAAAGUGGGUCGUAAACGCUCCCGUCGCUUAGAUAACUCUGCAUUUCUGCAAUCCUUGGGAAAACAAGGUGAAGAUGAUAUGUAUGAAGAUAUAAUUCAACAAGAGCCAACAGUAUUCGAGAGGCUUCUCUGUGAUGAGAAAGCUAUGGAGAUAUGGGAGUCUUUUACUUCACAGCCAGAAGAAGAACAGCACACAUUCCUUACAGGUCAAGUGACACUUGAGCAUGCCAAGCAAAGGGCUACCAAGGAAAGAUGUGGCGAAAACUCUUUGAAUAAGAGCAAACCCUCUGUGGGCAAAAAGUGCUUCAAGAAGAUUUGUCCUCAUGUUCAAGAGUUUUUAAACAGUGAAAAUAUGCCUAAGACAACCUUGUUAAACCUUGAACCUCGUCUUAUUGAGUUUUUUGAAAGUGAGCCUGAAGGCCAUUACGUGUCAGAUCCUCUGAAUAAUGACGAUAGAAAGGUUAUCCAUGGCCUUGCUCAAUACCUUGAUCUCUGCUCUCAAAGUUUCAAUUCCCAGAUCAGUUAUGAUCAUCGCUGUACAAGGGUCACAAAUCCCAAAUCCACCUUCGUCACCCCCACCGUCCUUCUUUCUCAGUUUCUUGGAAUUAGGUAAUGCCGUUUUACCAGUCUUGCAGUCUGCCCAACAGACUAUCAGCUUUUUCAUCCGGCAUUUAAAAAAUCUACAUAGUCCAUCUAAUAUUGGGUUUUGGGUGGUUCUUCAUUUAAGAAUGUUAUAAAUGUUGGUAAUGAAUUAAAAUGUAAAGUAAACGAAUU